GUAGAUAUAAGUUAGUGGAGGAGUAUCAACUUUCAAGGAAAGCGCGAGUGGUAAUGUCAGGUUCAACUGUUGCCUCCAAAUACAUCAAGGCGACCAAAAGAAGUCUGUCUUUGCUGGAUCAAUGCAUCACAAUGACCCAAAUCAAGCAAGUACAGUGCCAUCUUACAGUCACAGCUAGCCUUUUGGAUCCUUAUGCUGCGGGCAGGAUCGUAUCCUUCUGUGCAGUCUCACCCAAUGCAGAUGUCUCUCACGCAUACAAACUCUUUCUUCGUCUUCAACAUCGAACCACUUUCAUUUGGAACACUAUGAUCAAAGCUUUUGUUGAAACAAACCAAAACACUAGAGCCCUUUCUCUCUGCAAGAAAAUGGUUCGGAGUGGAUUCAUGCCAAAUAAUUAUACCUUCUCUUUUGUUCUUCGUGCUUGCACUGAGGUCUCUGAAUUGUCUUUGGGUGCAGCAUCUCAUGCCCAAGUUAUUAAAUUGGGUUGGGAAUCAUAUGAUUUUGUACAGAAUGGACUGAUACAUCUUUACGCGAGUUGUAGCUUGAUGGACUCAGCACGUAAAGUCUUUGAUAUGGGUGUUAACCGAGACGUUAUUACAUGGACUGCUUUGAUAAAUGGGUAUGUUAAAUGUGGGGAAGUUAGGGUGGCACAGCAACUGUUUGAUCAAAUGCCUGAGAAGAAUGUGGUUUCUUGGAGUGCGAUGAUUACCGGGCAUGUGCAAGUUGGGUUGCUUAGAGAGGCUCUGGAGCUCUUUAAUGAAAUGCAGGUUUCAGGGUUUCGGCCUAAUCAUGCUGCAAUAGUGGGAGCUCUCACUGCUUGUGCUUUUCUUGGUGCUCUGGAUCAGGGAAGGUGGAUACAUGCAUAUGUGGAUAGAAAUGGGAUGGAGUUGGAUAAAUUGUUAGGCACUGCACUCAUUGACAUGUACGCAAAAUGUGGGUGCAUUGAGAUGGCAUGUUGUGCAUUUAAUGAGAUGAAGAAUAGGGAUGUUUUUGCUUUUACUUCUUUAAUUUCAGGCCUGGCAAAUCAUGGUCAAAGUGCUAGAGCCCUUGAGUUGUUUGCAAGGAUGCAGAAUGAAGGAGUUGUUCCUAACGAAGUUACUUUUAUAUGCAUUCUAAGUGCUUGCAGUCGAAUGGGAUUGGUAGAUGAAGGGUUAAGAAUAUUCAGUGACAUGAGCAAGGUUUAUGGGAUUGAGCCAUGGGUUCAGCACUAUGGCUGUUUGGUAGAUCUUUUGGGGAGAGCAGGGAUGCUAGAAGAUGCAAAGAAAUUAGUGAGAGAGAUGCCACUGGAACCAGACUCCUAUGUCUUGGGUGCAUUACUCAAUGCCUGUAGAAUGCACAGUGAUGUUGAGUUGGGUAAAGAGACAGUUCAGAGCUUGGCCAAGCGAAGUCUUGACCAUGAUGGGGUUCAUGUGCUCCUGUCAAAUAUGUAUGCCUCAGUUAACCAAUGGGAGGGGGUGGUAAAGGUGAGGGAGGAAAUGGAAGAUAAGAAGGUCAGGAAGGUUCCAGGCUGUAGCUUAAUUGAGUUGGAUGGUCAGGUUUGUGAAUUUGUUGCAGGAGAUAAGUGUCAAGUGCAUAUGGAGGAGGCCAUGCUAUUUUUGUUAGGGAUUGAUAAUCAUUUGAGGUUUGCUUGGGAUGAUGAUGAUAACGAUAAACUUCUGACCAUUGAAUAAGUCAUAACCAAGAGCUGAUGUUAAACAAACCACACUGCAAGAUGAUAAAGAGAAACCAGAUCAAAACAUAAGGUCAAAAAGUACAACAUCAAACAAUUACGGUGAAGAUUUUGGUGGCAACUCAAAGCCCUUGAUCCCAACUCUCAAAGGCUUUAUCAGUCUCAUAUAACUUUGCUUGUUUGAGUGUUGCCACUGAAUCAUUGAAAAUGAUAGGGCUUAAAUUAAGAUUUUGAGAUUCUGGAUGGUGCAUGUCAAGUUCUUUGUUCUGCUAGCAAUUUGAUUUCUUUAGAUUAAUAUAAGCACAUUAAUGUAUACAACAGCAGAUCCAAAAAUCUAAUUUUUUGUCAAACACACUGUUGAUUUUGCAUGCAGUAUGGUAACUUUAAAAUCAAUGUUGUUGAUGGGGAUUGUGUAGGAUUAUAUUCUUGUUUCUCUGUCAGUAUAUCUGCGUGCUUCUACUUCAGAUUUGAGUUCCAGAGAAAACUUUACCAAUGCAGAAUGGAAGUUCGCAGCUGAAGCCAAUUGAAGGUAUUUUUAGUAAAUCUUCCAAGGUAUGGACUCUUUUGACUGUUAGGAUAAUCAGGGCUGAGAGGUUUCAUCAGUGUUUUCACAUUGAUGGUUGCUAUAGUGGUUUUUUUGGAGGACCUGUGAUGGCCUUGACAAAUUCAUUGAUGGAGUAUUCUUUAUUCUUUAUCUACUAUUCUUUACUUCUGUCUAGUAUCUAAAGCUGUUGCAUUCUACUAAAUGAUGCGCUACUGUAUGUGACAACUAUAGUGCUGGAACUUGCAGGUGGAUAGAUUCCAUUGCCAGAGUGUGGAACUUCCAGGCGGUGCACGCUGGUUCUAGGUAACAUGUUCCUCAAUUUUUUCAUAUAUGGUGCUGGAACUUGCAGGCGGUAGACUCCAUUGCCAGAGUGUGGAACUUACAGGCAGUUACAUGCUGGUUCAAGGUAGCAUGUUCUCCAAUUUUUUCA